AAAUGAGGUGGGCGUGACUCCUGAGGACAGUCGCUGGGAGCGUGUCGCACGCACAGGACACGCGCGCGGACGCAGGGGGCGGAGCUACAACAUGGAGACUUUCUCUCCGAGGAAGUGAGGCAUCGCUGACAGGAAGUGAGGCAUGAUGAUGCCAAAGGUGUGUGCUCACCAGAGACCUCAGACGUCUCCUGGGAGCGUCUUGUCUCUCCGAGGUUCCAGGGCUCCAGGAUCUCCCGCCGCCGCCAUCGUGGCCCGAGUGGAGGACGACGUCAUCGGAUACAAAGACCUGGCGGCGCUCCCUCGGGACAAAGCCAUCCUGGACAUCGAGAGGCCGGACCUGAUGACGUACGAGCCGCACUACACCUACAGUCCACUGACGUCCUUCUCCCCUCCCCCCUCCCCUGAGAACCUCCACAAGGAGUGGCUGGGAGGAUGUUCUCCUGGAUGUUCCUCGCCUGGUUCCAGCAGCAGGAAACACAGCGGCAACACACCCUCCUCCUCCUCCUCGCCACACACACCGCACACACCACACACACCGCACACACCGCACACACCGCACACACCGCACACACCACACACACCACCUUCAAAGACCCUACAACACUUCCACAAACCUGACAAUGGCAGCAACAUGUACAAGAAACCUCCCAUCUACAAACAAGGCGUGGCGUCCUCUGCCCCUCCUGCAGGCAAGCAGCACUUGGAGGAUGUGAUCAUCGAGUCUUCCAAGUUCCCGGCCGCUCAGCCUCCAGAUCCCAGACUUCCCUCCAAGAUGGAGAGUGACUACUGGCCCUGUCCUCCCUCCAUGGCCAUCUUUGACAUGGAGUGUCGCAGGAGCCAGGCGAGGGAGGAGGAUGACCCACCUGGACAGGUGUGGCUGGCAGGUGGUCCUCCUGAGUCCAGCUCAACUCAGAUCCAGUCCAACCUGGGAAGGAUCCUCCUCAAGGACCAGGUGGACAAGUCGGCUCCUCUGAGGAGGAAAAGUCGCUCCCUGCCUGACCGCAGCCAGCACGCAGGGGCCGGCACUUCCAGGUCUGUUUAUUUCCCAGCAUCCUCUGGGACAGGCUUGUCCAGGCUUCAGUCAGCAGAAUUCGGCCCGUCGCAAAAGCCCGCCGCAGGUGUUCAGGUAGUGUUUCCUCCCCGUUGUGCGUCAUGUCGGCCAUGUUGUGGUGAUGUUUGUGUGUUUGUGUGUCAGAACGGCGACUCCAGGAUGGACCGCGGCAUCUCGCUGCUCGCCAUGGCGGAGCUCCAGAUCUACCCGUAUGAGACGCUGGUGGUCCGGCACCGAGGGCGGGGCAAGCUGCCUCCUGGCGUGGACAGAACCCGGCUGGAGAGACACCUGUCACAGGAGCAGUUCCUCGGCGUGUUCGGGAUGACGCUGGAGGACUUUGAGCAGCUUUCUCUGUGGAAGAGGAACCAGAAGAAGAAGAAGAUGCCCUUUAAAGAUGGCCGCAGGAAAGCAAUAAAGUCAUCUAUGAUGUCAUCAGGGAGCGCCCACGAUGAGGUGGACUUCUCCGGCAGGUCAAAGGUUGCAAUGAUGUCACCUUACAGUGUCCAAUCAGAUCGCCCGGAUCUCACCCUUACACCUGCGUGGGCAUUGAUAUGAUAUGCUGUGAUGUUUUGACCAGGCUUCUCUUACAUUGGCUGAGUUGACUCCACCCACUCUUGAUUUCUGAUUGUGUGAGUUGACUCCACCCACUCUUGAUUCUUGAUUGAGUAAAUUGACUCCGCCCACUCUUUGAAUUCUGAGUGAGUUGACUCCAUCCACUCUUUGAUUUCUGAUUGGGUGAGUUGACUCCACCCACUCUUGAUUCUUGAUUGGAUAAAUGGACUCCACCCACUCUUGAUUUCUGAUUGGGUGAGUUGACUCCACCCACUCUUGAUUUCUGAUUGGGUGAGUUGACUCCACCCACUCUUGAUUUCUGAUUGGGUGAGUUGACUCCACCCACUUUUGAUUUCUGAUUGGGUGAGUUGACUCCACCCACUCUUGAUUUCUGAUUGGGUGAGUUGACUCCACCCACUCUUUGAUUUCAAAGUGAGUUGACUCCGCCCACUCUUUGAUUCCGGAUUGGGUGAGUUGACUCCACCCACUCUUAAUUUCGGAACGUGUGAAUUGACUCCACCCACUCUUGAUUCCUGAUUGGGUAAAUUGACUCCGCCCACUCUUUGAUUUCCGAGUGAGUUGACUCCACCCACUCUUUGAUUUCCGAGCGAGUUGACUCCACCCACUCUUUGAUUUCCGAGUGAGUUGACUCCACCCACUCUGAUUUCUGAGUGAGUUGACUCCACCCACUCUUUGAUUUCCGAGUGAGUUGACUCCACCCACUCUUUGAUUUCAGAGUGAGUUGACUCCACUCACUCUUUGAUUUCUGAGUGAGUUGACUCCACCCACUCUUUGAUUUCAGAGUGAGUUGACUCCACCCACUGUUUGAUUUCUGAGUGAGUUGACUCCACCCACUCUUUGAUUUCCGAGUGAGUUGACUCCACCCACUCUUUGAUUUCCGAGUGAGUUGACUCCACCCACUCUUUGAUUUCCGAGUGAGUUGACUCCACCCACUCUUUGAUUUCCGAGUGAGUUGACUCCACCCACUCUUUGAUUUCUGAGUGAGUUGACUCCACCCACACUCUGAUUUCUGAGUGAGUUGACUCCACCCACAAUUUGAUUUCCGAGUGAGUUGACUCCACCCACUCUUUGAUUUCAGAGUGAGUUGACUCCACCCACUCUUUGAUUUCUGAGUGAGUUGACUCCACCCACUCUUUGAUUUCAGAGUGAGUUGACUCCGCCCACUCUUUGAUUCCGGCUUGAGUGAGUUGACUCCGCCUACUCUUUGAUUUAUGAUUGGGGGAGUUGACUCCGCCCACUCUUUAAAUUCUGAUUGGAGGAGUUGACUCCGCCCACUUUUUCAUUUCUGAUUGGAGUUGACUCCACCCACUCUUUUAUUUCCGAGUGAGUUGACUCCACCCACUCUUUGAUUUCCGAGUGAGUUGACUCCACCCACUCUUUGAUUUCUGAGUGAGUUGACUCCACCCACACUCUGAUUUCUGAGUGAGUUGACUCCACCCACAAUUUGAUUUCCGAGUGAGUUGACUCCACCCACUCUUUGAUUUCAGAGUGAGUUGACUCCACCCACUCUUUGAUUUCUGAGUUAGUUGACUCCACCCACUCUUUGAUUUCAGAGUGAGUUGACUCCGCCCACUCUUUGAUUCCGGCUUGAGUGAGUUGACUCCGCCUACUCUUUGAUUUAUGAUUGGGGGAGUUGACUCCGCCCACUCUUUAAAUUCUGAUUGGAGGAGUUGACUCCGCCCACUUUUUCAUUUCUGAUUGGAGUUGACUCCACCCACUCUGAUUUCUGAUUGGUGAGUUGACUCCGCCCACUAUUUAAAUUCUGAUUGGAGGAGUUUACUCCGCCCACUCUGAUUUCUGAUUGGUGAGUUGACUCCGCCCACUCUUUAAAUUCUGAUUGGAGGAGUUGACUCCACCCACCCUUUGAUUUCUGAUUGGGGGAGUUGACUCCGCCCACUCUUUGAUUUCUGAUUUGGUGAGUUGACCCCACCUACUCUCCGAUUGGGUGCUUUGACUCCGCCCACUCUUACUUCAGACUAGGUUGUAAAAUGUGGCCACAGGAAGUUGUGAUGUGUUGAAGUGUGAUGCUACAAGAGCUAACAUAGAGACAAUGCUAAUGCUAACUUGCACUUGGAAUGGAUGUGAAGAUUGUAUGAGUAAGGAGCGUCAUGUGACCUCAAUAUGUUGCUGCCUGAACAAGAAGCAUCAGCAAGUGUUGCCUAGCAACCAAGUGGUCAUUGCCAUCACAAAAAGUGAUUUUAUUUUCUCGCCAUGAAUGUCUGCUGCAUGGAUGAUGUCAUCUUUCAAUAACUAAUAAAACAAAGAUCAAACAUC